CGAUCGCUUACCCAACAUUCCAUAACCAUUUUUAUGCAAAUCACUUUCUAUUUGUUUGUUUUCUCUCUAUUUAUUUACUUACUCUAAACCCAAAACACAUAAACGCUUGUAAUCCAGCAUCGAUUCCUCAAAUCCCUCGCCAAUAAAUGUAAAUAAAUACAAGUAUCUGCUGUAACUAGCUAGUUCUUCUUCAACUGCGCGCUUAUUACUGUCUUGAAACACUCAAAGAGUAGCUUUUCUUUCUGUCUCUAUCUCUCACCGCUGUCCAUUUCUACCAGCCUUUUUGUUUACUCGUCACUUCAAGAAAGACUACUUCCCAUACACAUUUAUAUUCAAAUGUAUAUAUAACAUGCAUAGAUAUGAUGAUAUUCAUUUCAUAUAAUAACACCUUCUUCAUUCAUGGUAUACUUUACAGUAUUUCUUACGUAGUUAAUUGAGUGAAAGAAAAUGUCGUCGUCUUCGUUUUCCUCCUCGGAACGGGUUGACAGAAGAGUGAUGGGUUUCGAAGCAGGGCCGUCGUCUUCAUCUCGCAGCCGCCGGCGCGGCGGAAACGGCGUUUGGCCGGGCCCUUUCGUGGAGGCUUUAGCUUAUCAAGUCGCCGUUGACGCCGUUACCACCAACGGCCGUUUAGCCGCUGCCCCAGUUCUUGCCAGUCUGUUCCAGGUGUGUUCCACAUGGCAAGCAGUGUCACAUUCAAACCUUUUAUGGCACAACCUCACCGCCCGGAUAUGGAACCGCCGCCACCUCCUCCGCGACUCGUGGCGGCACGAGUUUAUAUUUUGGCAUCAAACGGCGAAUAAUUUCCGAAUGGGCCGAUACAUUUACAGCACCCUCCAUUUUAUACCGCCCAACAACGGCAGCAACGACGGGCUUUCGUGCCGCCGUCUCUCACUCUCUGACCACCACCUCGCCGCCGGGUUUUCCGAUGGAUCGGUUCGGCUGUUCUACAUCCCCACACGGCUCCACCUCUCCACGUUCCACCCGCACCACCGUGACCGCCUCGGUCGGUUCUCCUGCGCUGUGUCCGGGAUCAUUUUAACGGAUUCGAAGCUCGUCUUUGCCUCCCUCGACGGCGACGUUCACGUGGUGGCCAUCGGAGAUCACGUGCCGCCGCGUCGAGCACAUUUUGGCGACGUGGUCAACGACGGAUCUUUGGUUGACUUUGCCGGUAACGAGCGCUGGUGGGUUGGACUCUAUGCAGGAGUUCCAGGGCGGGCGUUUCACAUAUGGAACACAGCAAGUGAAGAGCUAGUCUUCAUAGGCGGAAAUCUUAGUGAUCCGGAGGCAGUAAUGGGAUGGCACCUUCUCACGGAGGAGGCCCACAUGAUCGGCCGAGUCAGGGUCACGAGCUUUGACUCGGCCGUGGCCUGCACCGCCCUCCAAUUUAUUGUCUUUGACCUCUCAAACCAAGGCGUGAUUAUCGGGGAGGAAGAUCAGUUCCCUCGGGGACUAGUCAUUGGUGCGUUUGAUGCAUGUAAGGACUCGUUCCUCAUCGUUGACAGCCGUGGUUCAGCCAGUGUGCGUCGCGCGGAUGACCUAACACAGAGAUGCUCUUUUAACGUCCGAGGCGCAUCGCAUGGGGGCGUUUUGGGAUGCAUGAAUGGCGGGUUUGCUAUAACAGUAGCCGGGGGAGUGAUUAGGGUUUGGGGUAUUGAGGGAGGGGAUGUAGGGUUGUACUCGCGGAGUUUAAGGGAGAGAAAUUUGGACAUUCAUUCGUUGGUUGUAGAUGAAAGGCAUUUAACAGCCUGUUCUAGGGAUGGAACAAUUCAUUUGUGGGACUUUGGUGGGCUGUAGUAAAUGAAGCCUAGUUUUUUUGCUUAGCUAGGGUAGUGUAUGUAGUUAAGAUUAAAGAAUGUGAAGGUUAUUAUCUGUCAAUUAUGGGAUAAUUAAACUGAGGCUUAGCUUCGCUUUCAUGUGUACAGACUAUAGUGUGGCAACAAUUAAUAAUGUUGUCUUUUU